AUGACAGGAACAUUCUCCUACACUUUCGAUACCGCAGCUUACAAGGGUACAGCUACCAUUAACACUGGUCUUUUCAUCGACGGAAAAUGGGUAGAACCGGUUGAGGGAGGGACUAUCGACGUCGUCAAUCCGGCGACCGGAAAGGUCAUUACCAAAGUCUCAGCUGGCUCCACCAAGGACGUCGAUAUCGCAGUUGCGGCCGCGAAGAAGGCAUACAAAACAUUAUGGGGUUUGAAGACUCCUGGUGUCGUACGAGGAAAGUUGCUGAAUAAGCUUGCCGACCUCAUUGAGAAGAACGCUGCGGAGUUCGCCGCAUUGGAAGCGUUAGAUGCCGGCAAGGUUUACGAGAAAGCUAAGAGCCAAGACGUAGCUGGUGCGAUUGCCGUCAUCCGUUACUAUGCUGGCUGGGCGGACAAGAUUCAGGGAAAGACCAUUGAGACAAACGACAAGAAGUUCGCGUACACCAGGCAUGAGCCUUACGGCGUAGUCGGCCAAAUAGUUCCAUGGAACUUCCCUAUGGGAAUGGUUUCUUGGAAAAUCGGACCCGCCCUCGCGACAGGAAAUACUAUCGUUCUCAAACCUUCCGAGAUGACCCCGUUGACUGCCCUCAAAUUAGCGGGUCUCAUCAACGAAGCCGGCUUCCCUCCUGGUGUCGUUAACAUCGUAAACGGCUACGGUCAUACCGUCGGGCAAGCCAUCAGCGAGCACCCGCUCAUCGAAAAAGUCGCCUUCACGGGAAGCACUUUGACGGGCCGCAAAAUCCUUAGAGCCUCUGCAGAAACUAAUCUCAAGGUCGUCACGCUCGAACUUGGCGGGAAGAGCCCUACCAUUAUCUUUGACGACGCGGACAUUGACCAGGCGGUCAAGUGGGCUUCCCAUGGAAUCUUUUUUAAUAUGGGCCAAUGUUGCACUGCGGGUUCGCGCAUCUUCGUCCAGGAGGGGAUUUACGACGAAUUUUUGAAAAGGUUCACCGCUAUCACCAAGUACCUGGGUGAUACCACUGGCGACCCGUUUACACCCAGCACGCAACACGGACCUCAGGUUUCACAAAUCCAGUUCGACCGCGUGAUGGGGUAUAUCGAAUCCGGAAAAGAGGAAGGCGCAAAGGUACACAUCGGAGGCGUGCGUCACGGAGAGGAAGGGUUCUUCAUCAAGCCGACGAUCUUCACUGACUGCCAUCAGGGCAUGAAGAUUGUCAGGGAGGAGAUAUUUGGGCCCGUGGCGGCAAUCAUCAAGUUCAAGACGGAGGAAGAAGUGAUUGAGCUGGCGAAUGACACCACGUAUGGACUGGCGAGCAAUGUGUUCUCGGAGAAUGGGAGCAGGGCGAUUCGGGUAGCACACGCUAUUGAGUCUGGCACUGUUUGGGUCAACUGUGCGCAGAUGAGCGAUGUGUCAGUUCCGUUUGGUGGUUACAAGCAGUCGGGGAUGGGGCGUGAGCUGGGGGAGUAUGCUUUGGAUACGUACACCCAAGUAAAGGCUGUUCAGGUUAAUCUUGGAGUCAGGCUAUAG